AUGUCUUAAUUAACAUUAUACGGUUUUCUCCUCUGCCCUUAUGUAUAAAGAGCGAGAUUUGCUUUAGAAAACAUUGGAGUUAAGUAUGACUACAAAGAAAUUGAUAUAUAUAAAUUUAAACAUAGAGAGUAGGCAUAUUUAGAUAUCAAUCCUUUUGGAAAGGUUCCUUCAAUAUCUUUCAACAACUAGAUUAUUUAUGAAAGUCUCCCCCUUCUUGAAUUCCUAGAAAAUGAAUUUGGUGGUGUCUUCCCUUAAGAUAACAUUAGAAAAACAUAAUAGAGAAUAUGGGCAAAUUACUUUAAUUCAAAUUUUAUUGAUAGAAUGUGGGCUAUCUUUGGAAUUAUAAAAAAAAAGGAUGCUGAAGGAUCUAAGAAGCUUGCUAACGAAUUAGCUGAAGUUCUGAGAUUCUUUACAAAAAAUUCCAAGCUAUCUGAAAGAAUUAAAUUAAACCCAAAUAGCUAUUUCGAAGGAGAAACAUUAACUUAUGUUGAUUUUGCUAUUGGUCCUCAUUUCAAAAUGCUUGAUGCUAUGUAUAGAGUAUUCUUUAAAGUCAACUUCUUUGAUUAAAUUGAAAAUUAGGAUGAACUAAUCUAGAAUUUCAAAAUUUACUUUCAAAAUGUUGUUUCAUCCGACUCUUUCAAAAGGACUGUAACUAAUCCUCUUAAUCUUCCUGCCUAAGGAGAUAACUUCCUUUUAGAUCAAUUAUAAUACACUCCUAAAAGCUAUCAUUUUGAUAAUUUUAUAGAAUUUUAUAUUACUAAAAGAUACGUAGAAGCUUGA